CUCACAACAAACAGAGCACAUUCUGUCAGUCAUGACACAACCACUUUCUCCCUUGUCGCCAGCAUCUGGCAACGCUCGCAUGCAUUCCCCCAUCGCUCCGCCGUCUACAGUGCGUCGUCGAGGAAUUGACGAGAUCAUGGCCACAGAUAACGAAAAGGAAAACGCCUCGCCGAACCCUCCCAAACGUACACUGUAUUCCUAUGAUGAGAAUUAUGAUGACGAUGACUACUACGAGUCAAAAUACUCGACGGCUCGCAGUCAAUAUACUGGAGUGGACGACGCGACGGAGGAUCUGAAUGCUGGCCCGCCAAGCUCACCAUUCCAGUUUGAUGCACGAGAUGAUACAGUCGAUAUGGAGAAGCUGCGAGCAAUGACUACCUCUCCGUUGCGUAAUAAAAGCCUGAGGAAUGCCGUGCCUGAGGUUUAUGUGGAUGAAGAAGACAGGUCAGAUGACGGCCGUCACGAUGAUAUGACUUCCGAGAGGACAUACCAAGAAACAGAAGAGAGAUUUGAAUCUCACACCGUCAUGAACAAUAGGCCAUUAGACUUGGAUGAUUAUAGCACCGUUCAUUAUCACGCAGAAAAGUCUCCUCGUCACGAAAUCGGCAGUAGCAUGAUGGAAGACAGACACAACGAAGAAAUGAGCACAGUAGCGCAUCCUUCCUCCCGUGAUGGCUUGGAGCCAGAUGAUGAUGCAUUGCUUGCUACUGAGUCCCAUGGCAUGAAUGAACAUCACGAGAAUGACCCUAUGGAUGAUACAUGCUUCAGCACGUUUUCUGCGGUGCCUAACGUGGACAUGACUUUGUUCUCGAAAUUGCGAGGGUCGCCAACAAAGAAAGUGGGUGACAUUAUGGAUAACUCCACGAGCAUACGAGAUUCUCCCUCCUCACGGCGGUCGAAGACAUCCACACCCACUACUGUGAGAAGACGAGCCGCUGACCACAGCGAUUACUCGCCCACGCCGCGGAAGAGAGGUCCUCUUGGCCAGGAAGAAAACCCAGAUCUUCUGGAUUUUAAUGACUCCAUCAACUAUUUCCGUCGAGUAUCGCAACGUUUUUCAACUUCAAACAGCCGAGCUUCGAUUUCUCCCCGCCGAAGAUCGCCUCUAAAACCACGCGAAUCGAUGCGUUCCCCUACAAAGUACAACUUGCUUGACUUUGACCUUCCGCCCCCGCAACACCGAUGUCUAUACCUUCUAUCACCCCUCGUGAAUUGGAAGAUAUCUUCACUUAAAGCUACAGUCAGUGGCAAGGAAGCCGAAGUGGGAAGCCUAAAGCAAGCUGUCGCAGAUGCAGAGCGUCGAGUUGCAGAAGCGCUUGAGGAAGUUCGUAACGAAGCUAUCCGCAAAGAGGCCUUGGAGGUUGAGCAGGCAGAAUGGGAACGUCGUGGCAAGGAAAUGGAUACCGUUCUACGCGAAGUUAGGUCAGAGAUUAUUGAGGGAGAACGGGAGCGAGAACGUAUGACGAGACGGAGCGAGGAAGCCGAGAAACAUAGAGAAGAGCUUGAAGGGAGAAUCGUAGAGCUGGAAAGCCAACUUGAUGCUGCUCGCAAAGCCCCCUCCACUGUGGCCGGACCACCAGCUGGUGCUGAUAUCUCCGGGAUGAUUACCGCCGAGCAAUCAGCCAAGGAGGUUCAAGAAGCGGUGGAGCGGGUUGCUCGUGAGCUUCACACCCUGUACAAGGGUAAGCACGAGAAUAAAGUUGCUGCUCUGAAAAAGAGCUACGAAUCACGGUGGGAGAAGCGCGUGCGCGAGGCUGAGAACAAGCAUAAGGAAGCCGCGGAAGAGAUUGAGCGUCUGAAGACUGAGCGCGAUGCCUCCAUGUCUGGACCUAUACACGCCAAUGUCAGUGUGCUCGGUCGUGACAAUGAAGAGCUAGAGGCUGAGAACAAGGUACUUGGCGCUCAAAUCAAGGGUCUCGAGCAACAAAUCGCCUCCGUGAAACAGAAUAAUGAGCAAUUGCAUUCCGAACUCAAGAUUGAGCGUGCCGAGAAAGGUGAACUGGUUGCAGCCGUAGACGAAUGGCUUGCUAUGCAACAAGGUCAACAAUUACAAUCCAUUCCAGGUUCGCGAGAACCAUCAGUCUCCUCAACACACUCCUCCAACUCUCUUGUGAGCGAACAUGAAGUCACUCUUCAAGAAGCCGACCUAGGCAACGGUGUUACGAUCGAAUUAGAAGCAGACCCGGAGCCAGCUGUACUCAAACGUAGCAUCAGCCGUACCAUUUCUAGCAGCAGCAGCGGCCUGAGUGGUAUCCGGCCGCCUUCAUCAGGCAUUGAAAAGAAAAGCCGCCUGGGAAUGUAUCAUGCGCGGCAAAACAGCGGCAGCGCUCGCUCCGGCAUCGCCAUGCCGACUCCUGGGCGGAGCGGAAUUAUGAGUUCGAUUGAACGAAUGGGUCGUGGGGGGAACUAACCAAUUGACAGCUUUGUUUUGUUACUUAUGUCUUGCUUUUGUGUUGUAAUGCGUUGAUAUGAUAUAUGAUACCACGCUUGUGUUGGCGGCUGUCUUCGCGAUUUUUUCUUUUUCUUCGAGGGGGAUAUAUUGUACAGAAUUGAUCAAUGCUGCUUUCGGCUGUCUAAGUCAUGAUUCAGGAGUGUUAACGAGUUUAUGAGAAUCGAUCCUACUGUUAAAUUUAGAACUAUCAAUAUAUUUAUACUGACACCAGUUCAGUAUCAAUUCAAAUGUUGACAUCAA